AAAUGAACCCAUUGAAAUUGGGCCCCUCACCAUAUAUGGUAAGUAGUAGACGGGGACCAGAGGCGGCCGCUGAAAGGGAAAUGAUUUUCCCUCAGUGCUGGAGGAGGAUGCACGGAGACAGUGGGAGAUCCGACGGGUACAGAUCACACUCUGCACAAACUUACUAUACAGGAAAAGUGUUACAAGUCUGCAGAUUUCAAACAUGCUUCUUUCAGAGUCUGAGGAUGAAUUAGAACAGCUCCAGUCGGAUUCAGGCUCUGAUAGUGAGCACAGCCAUUGCAGCCUUGACGAGGACUACAUUCCGAGGGGGCUGGCCCGUGAUUCAGAUCAGGAAGACUUUAGUGAUGAGGACAGCUCAGAUGAGGAGUGGACUGGUACGCCCACGAAGAGAAGAGCUUUGAGGAGGAGUUGCCACUCUGUUUCUGCUUCUCCUGUGUCAGCCCGCCUGAAAUCUCCGUCCAAGCGGUUUGAACAAUGGUGCUCCUGUUGUGAGAGUGGAACUCCCCCACGAAAGAGGAUCCGCCAUGCAUCUACACCCAAAAAAGCCUCCUCCUCCUCCUGCUCCUGUUCCCCCAGCACUUAUGAGACACUCUCCAGUACACGCAGUGAAAAUCAAAGUGGUAAGAGGCGAACAGGACGACUAGUGAGAGAGAAAAACGAUGAAGCAAAUGAUGGAGAUCGGUGGCGUAGCAUCGAUGAGGAAGAUAUCGAGCCUCCUCAACCACGAUUCAGACCUGAAAGGGAUGCGGGGCCACAGUUGAACAGGACUGCAAAUUACACACCACUUGAGCUAUUCCAGCUGUUCUUCUCUACAACAGUAAUUGAUACAUUGGUAAAAAACACUAAUGCCUAUGGGGGAAAAAAACACCAAGGCCAGCAGGAAAGCUGGCAUCCUGUCACAAGGGCUGAUAUGUACUCUUACCUCUGCCUUGUCCUCUACAUGGGUAUUGUGCCGUUAAAAACUCUGACAGACUUCUGGAGAGGAUCUAAGCUAUUCAGCCUUCCAUUUCCUGCCUCUGUCAUGCCCAGCAGACGCUUCCUAUCCAUCUCCCGUAUUCUACACAUGAAUGAUCCUGCAGUUGAAGCGGCCAAUGACCAGAAGAAAGGGACAAAAGGAUAUGACAAAUUAUGCAAGAUAAAGCCACUGUAUGAGCAGAUUUUGGAGGCCUGCCACACUUUCUUUCAUCCGUACCAACACAUCUCCAUAGAUGAACGGAUGGUGGCAACUAAGGCAAGGAUCGGCUUAAAGCAGUACGCCAGAAACAAACCCACCAAGUGGGGCUUUAAGCUCUUUGUUUUAGCAGACUCAGCCUGUGGCUACACCAUUAACUUUUUUGUGUAUGGAGGAAGAGAAGGUCAACCCACGGGGAAGGGCCACAGCUACGAUGUCGUCAUGAGACUUCUGAACAUCCCCUUUCUGGGCAAAGGGUACAAACUCUAUGUGGACAACUUUUACACCAGUCCAACUCUUUUCACCGACCUCCUUCUAAGAAAAAUCUGGGCAUGCGGCACUGUACGUCCCAACGUGGUCGGUUAUCCGAAAACGAAAAGGAAUGACAUGGCCAAGAAAACACCAAGGGGGACUAUCCAGUGGAUCAGAAAAGGAGAAUUGUUGUUUGUUAAGUGGUUUGACACCCGGGAGGUAACAAUGUGUUCCACUUUGCACAAAGCAUAUAGCAAUGACGUGACUAAGCGCAAAGUGAAAGACACAGAUGGACAGUGGACAGUGAAGCAGGUGCCUAUUCCAGGCUCCAUCAAAGAUUACAACCAGUACAUGGGGGGUGUGGAUUUGUCAGACGCGCUCAUUUCCUACUACAAUGUCCUCCAUAAAACCCAAAAAUGGUACAAAACUCUGUUUUUUCAUUUUGUGGACAUAGCGACUGUGAAUGCUUUCAUCCUCCACAAAGAAAUGUGCAAACUGCAGAAUCGGUCUCCACUGAGCCAGAAAAACUUCAGGGAACAACUGAUUCAGUCCCUGGCAGAGAUUGGGUCCACACCACGCCGGUCAGCGCCACAUAACUUUCAUGCAUCUUCUUCCACAGUGCCACCGCCUCCUCCUCCCUCUUCAUCCACUGAGGUGCCAGCUGCUAUGGCCUCUGAUGCUCCAGGUUUGGGUCACCUGCCAGCUUAUUUUGUAGAACAAAUGAGCAACGUGUCUCCCAGAUAUCGGGCCACUGCCGGCAGAAGGGCGUGUGUGGUCUGCAAAAGAAAGUCGCCAGUCUAUUGCAGUACUUGUAAAAAGACACUUUGUUUCACUUCUUUAAGGAACUGCUACAGUGAGUGGCAUAGAAGCAAUAGUAUCUGUGUAUAAGUGACAAGAUAUAGUAUGUAGUUGUAGUAUCUUCACAAUUUGCUUUUCUUAAAUGUGUACCUUUGAUUUCUGCGAAUCUCUGAUGUUGUUACCUCGUAAGGCUGUUACCUCAUGAUUACGCUGAGUGCUUAACAAGGGCUUCAGGUAGAGAUAUAUUGGUAUAAUAGAUGUAGGGUAGAUAAUAACCUGUAGCUAGUGAAAUGGGAGAGGAUCUGCACAAGUGGAUUAAUCAACCCAUUAUAACGACUGGCAGAAUUAACUGUUCAAAUGGUAAAUGGACUUGCAUUUAUAUGGUGCUUUUGUAGUCUACCGACUCCUCAGGGAGCUUUACAGCCCUCACGGCCUUCACCUAUUCACACACACACACACACACACAUUCAUACACUGCUUAUCAGGGUUGUUAGAGCGCUUCCUAUCCAGAGUGCUACUCCAUAUUUCAAUGCUCAGCCCCAGACACUUGGAUUUGCAGCUGGAGUCAGGGUUCAAACUAUCAACUUUCCAGUUAGCGGACGACCCCUUCUACCUCCUGAGACACAGCCGCCCAGGUGAAACUGUUCCCAUGGAUGCUGUUCCUGUCAUUACCCAUUCAAAUACACUGAAGCGUGGCUAAGACUCUUAAUAAAAAAAAUAGUGAAUUUAUAUGGAAUCAUAAAGCAUAUCACAAACCAGGAAGCAGCAUUUUAUUGCUUGAAUUUAUUGCAGCGAUGGACGCAUGCCAGCUUUGCUUUAGCUUACCAGGACGGGAAUCAACAAUUAAUAAUCUUCAGUGGUCUGUGCUGCAGUUAUUGCUUCCCAGUCUGCGAGGACACUCAAAAACUGGACUAGAUUGACUCAUGUACAGUAACACACCCUUGAGAUGUGAUUUCACACCAAAGAUCCUACAGAUUGGUCAUCAUAAAUGGAUACAUAUCUACCAGAAGAACGCUGUAGAGAUGGAUACCUCAUGUCGUUCUCUUUUGUCAUCUGCAUCUCUGGAACCUCAUACUAUGGACACUCACAGAUGUGGUGAUGACGCUUCAGGUAUGAAUAUAGAUUUGUUUCAUGAAUGUAAUCUUUGUGAAUAAAAGGAGGUUGCACACUGUAAUGCAAAGCAGAAAUAGAAUUAGCACUUGAAUAUGUAGUAACAACUGAUGCAGAAGACCACUGAGUAUGUUUACAUAUUCACUUUAGCAGCUUCUCGUUUCUGUCGUUAUCCAGGUCAUAGCUUGUAUGGCUGGUGAAGGCAUGUGUGAAGCAAAUCUCUGAUAUUUCUAAUUAUUGUACUUCUGCAGCUGAGGGUGAACCCACUUUGAUUUCUGCUUCCAUUUAACAUGCUCAGUUGAAUUUUGUUCACGUUGAGGAUGCACCAGCAUACGUUUCAGAC